AGCCAUACAAGUUUGAACAUUGGAACGUCAAAAGCGAGAAAAAAAGGUUUACUCGUAUAUUUAAUAUAGUGGAGUGCUGAUCGAAGUAGGCAAGACGACUGUGACUCACCUCCGGCGUUGCCUUCUGAUUUUCCGGUGAAAAGAGACCUCGCUACCCAUUCAAAGAGCUUUUUUCAGUUGAUUCUGGAAUUUAGAGGUCAGAUUGGUAAUUGAAGAGCAAUGGCUGUAGUUGCUUCUGCUCCUGGAAAGGUCUUGAUGACUGGGGGGUAUCUUGUUUUGGAGAGGCCCAAUGCGGGGGUUGUACUCAGUACCAAUGCCCGUUUCUAUGCGAUUGUGAAACCACUCAAUAAUAAUAUUGAUCCCGAAAUCUUGGCAUGGACGUAUGUGAAAUUGACUUCUCCUCAGAUGUCAAGAGAAACUAUUUACAAAAUGUCGUUAGAACAUUUAACACUUCAGUGUGUCUCUUCAAGUGAUUCAAGGAACCCCUUUGUAGAAUUUGCUGUGCAAUAUGCUGUAGCAGCAGCCCGUGCAAAAUUUGACAAGGAUAAGAAGGAUAUGCUACACAAACUACUUUUGCAGGGUCUUGAUAUUACAAUCUUAGGUUGCAAUGACUUCUAUUCAUAUCGGAAUCAGAUUGAAGCACGUAGACUCCCGUUGACACCAGAAUCAUUAGCUUCCCUUCCACCGUUUACAUCUAUUACUUUCAACACUGAGGGAGAAAAAGGAGAAACUCGCAAGCCUGAAGUUGCAAAAACUGGAUUGGGAUCAUCUGCAGCUAUGACAACUGCAGUCACUGCGGCUUUACUUCAUUACUUUGCAGUUGUUAAUCUUCCCUCUUUGUCUGAAGAUCAACACCAUGAAAAGGAGAGUACUGUGGAUAUUGAUGUGGUGCAUGAGAUAGCUCAAACUGCUCACUGCAUUGCACAAGGGAAAGUGGGCAGUGGGUUUGAUGUCAGUUCUGCAGUUUAUGGGAGUCAACGAUAUGUACGCUUUUCGCCAGAUGUGCUUUCUUCUGCUCAGGACGCAAUUAAAGGAAAAUCAUUAGAGGAAGUCAUCAGUGACGUGAUAAAUGGCAAAUGGGACCAUGAGAGGACUAAAUUUUCGCUGCCCCCAUUGAUGAAUCUUUUACUUGGAGAGCCAGGUGCUGGAGGGUCAUCCACAGUAUCGAUGGUUGGUGCUGUCAAGAAGUGGCAAAAAUCCAAGCCUCAGAAGGCCCUGGAAACAUGGAAAAAGUUGUCAGAUGCAAAUUCAGCACUUGAAGUUCGUCUUAAUAUGUUAAGCACAAUGGCAAAAGAACACUGGGAUUCGUAUACAUCCAUUAUUGACAAAUGCAGCUUGCAUAAGUCAGAAAAGUGGAUGGAGCUCUCCAGUGAACCAACUGAAGCUGAAAUCGUGAAAGCAUUGUUAGGAGCAAGAGAUACAAUGCUUGAGAUCAGAUUUCACAUGCGCCUGAUGGGUCAGGCUGCAGGCAUACCAAUAGAACCUGAAUCUCAAACUAAGCUUUUGGAUGCUACUAUGAAUAUGGAAGGAGUUCUAUUUGCUGGAGUUCCUGGAGCAGGUGGUUUUGAUGCUGUUUUUGCCGUGACUUUAGGGAAUUCAAGCAGCAAUGUUGCCAAAGAAUGGAGUUCACUCAACGUCCUCGCCUUGUUGGUGAGAGAAGAUCCUCGUGGAGUUUCUUUGGAAACCGGGGAUCCGCGGACCAAGUAAAUUCGAUCAUCCAUUUCUUCACUUAAUAACAGUUAAGCUGCAAUCUUCCAGUGUAUGUUCCAUGGUAGAAUAAAAUUACACAUUUCUCAGAACGAGAAAUGCAGUGGGGGUUUUUUCUUAUACAUCAAUAGGUUUUUUAGUCGUGUUCCAGACUUGGAGGUUAUUGGGACCUUCUAACCAAUAAACGGCCAUUGAAUAACUGCUGUAAUUGUUGUUGUGAUAGGUAUGGCUCAAAUAAGGUACUAAUAGACUAGUAGGUAUGGCUCAAACUGUUUUUUUUUCCCUCUAAAGGGCUCGUAUUUAAGCAAUGGUCUGUGCGGACACAACAAAUUAUACGAAUGUUUGUGUAGGUGUGUGUGCAACGCGUUUGUAACAUGUUAUUCUAUUCCAUGAAUGAAUGAAAUAUAAUCAAAUCUUAUUUGGUU